AUGACCACAACAGGCGCUCAACUGCUAACCGGUAGUGUCGCAUUGCCAGUUGGAGAUACGUGGUACUUGUGCUCUCUACAGCCAACAAAUAGGAUUGCCUAUGUCGUCACAUACACAACUGUCCCUACAACCUCAACAACGGGAUUUGGUACAAUUGUGCCGUUUGUCAAGAUCAGUCCCAAUUUGACUGCAUCGUCAACAGGUCUUAUCAGCGCUGUUUUGUCAAGGGCUGAACUUACCAAGUAUGUGAAUGGCCAAUUUAAUGAAUACAUAGCUCUCUAUUCGUGCUGCUGUGACGUGCGUGUGAUUGUGUGUGCCAUAGGCAGUGAUAAACCCCCAAUGGUUACGAUGGAUACUUACUGUCUUACCGUAAGAAACCCUAAUGCUUUUACGUCCUAUGCCAACAUCGAGAUCUCGUUUGAUCGUCAAGUUGAGCUGGAUCAUUUGGAAAUCAAUUUUAUUAUUGUAAAGAUUCUUCGAAAGGCGAAUUGA